AGUGGAGGGGUUGGAGGAAGGGGGGUUGGUCCGGGAGAGCAUGGCCGCAGGAGCCAGAGGAGCGCCGCUGACUUGGUUUGCUUCCUCCACGUUGAUAAGACCGCUGCUCGUGGCGCUCGUCGGGGGACGUUCAACCCGGAGACUGUGUGCGUUUACGCGCGGCGGAGAGGUUUGAUUUACUGCGUGCGUUGCUGUUCCGCAGGGCAGAAGCGCUCGGGCAGCUGCGGGAGCCGGAGCUGCUGGUUGCGAGUCUUCUUCUCUUCUGGCUUCUUGGUGAUUCACAGCGAACAGGAGGAGAGAUCCUGAGCCGGAGAGAGCUGAGCGACGGCACAAGGAGCUACGUCUCUGCUCUUCUUUGCUGUGUGGAACAUUUAUUCUCUGUUUGUUGUUUUUUUUUUAUAUUUUCCACUGCGUACGCAACGUUGCCUCCUCUCUGGGAAAUUCAAUGCGAGUUGGAGAAAGUGUUGGCUGCGCGGAGCGGAGUUGAGUCGAAGGAAGAUUGUUCGUGUGUCAGGCAGAAAUAGAUUGGAUUUAGUUUGGUCCAAAGUAAGAUCUGACUGAGACUGAACAACAAACCGCUGUUUUAAAAGAAGAGAAAGACGUUUAAGCUUCAGUUUUGUAAUAAAAACCCCGAGGAGGGAGCUACAGCUGUGCGGGAAUAAAACGCGUGAAGUGGACUCUCAUCCCAACACUUCACCGCCACAUCCAUCAGAGUCUUUAAACCUGAACCGGAGGAGGGACUGUUACCCGUUUGGCUUCGUCGGAGUUCCAGAGCCAGAAUGCCGCAGGUGGAAAUGAUCAUCUUCCUCAUCCUCAUCAUUGGGAUGUGUGUGUACGGCCAGGACCCAGCUUCCAAGGUGGUGUCCGACCGCUACGCCGUCUACUGGAACCGGACCAACCCCAAGUUUUACCGGGGUGAUUACCACAUCGAUGUCUGCAUCAACGACUACCUUGACGUCUACUGUCCGCACUACAUGGGCCUAGUCUCUGAUGAUAGGGCAGAGCGCUACAUCCUCUACAUGGUGAACUACGACGGCUACAGCUCCUGUGACCACACCGCCAAGGGCUUCAAGCGCUGGGAGUGCAACAGGCCUCUGUCGCCGAAUGGACCACUGAAGUUCUCCGAGAAGUUCCAGCUCUUUACUCCCUUCUCCUUGGGCUUCGAGUUCCGCCCUGGCAGAGAGUAUUACUAUAUCUCCUCCAUCACUGACGACAAGGGAAGACGGAGCUGCCUUCGACUCAAAGUCUUCGUCAGGCCUCAAAACAAUUGUGUGAAAAACUCUGGGAGCGUGCAGGAAGGGGUCGAUUUUGAGGACAACAGUCACAACUCCCUAGAACCCAGAGACGGCAUCGGUCCCGAGUCACCAGAGCCAGCACGAAGGGAUGUGAACUCGGUCAGUCGGUGCCAGACUUCAGUCCUCCUGUUCAGCUCCGCCCUCAUACUCCUGGCUGCCAUCUUGUCUUUAUAGCGCCCAGUCUGAGGAAUCCCCCAGGAAUGGACUGUCCUGAUUGGACCACAGGCCACCUUACCCUGCGACCCCUCCCCUCAAGGAGCACUUUUAAAAAAAAAAAAAACACUGACAAUCUCUCUAGGUGAAAAGAGAGAGGGAGGGACUUCAGCACCGAAGCCUUCACUGUUUUUUGACUUGCCAACGAGUGUGAUUCUUGACUUUCUGGCGGGUGCUGAUGGUGGAGGUGCCCCGAGGUGAAAGAGUCUCUGACCUGUCCGCCUCGCUACCGUUCACAGUAUGCAGAUAUUAAACAUUUCUUUUUGUUAAAGACAAGGACACAUACAUUGCUUUUAAACAUAUACACACACAGAACACAGACGACACAAUCAGUUCACUCUUUAGCUUGAAUGGCAAAGAAGCACAGCAGGAUCCCUCAAAAGUUUACAGACUUUUAAAAAAUUUUGUGUUCAGGAAAAACGUCACAUAACCCCGACAUGUAACAUGAUUAAAUCUCACGUCAAAGCGGAGGAGGUUUUGAAGAAGAUCUGGCAGCCACACAUCACAUACGGGCCAACGGAAAGGAAAAACAAGAAGUUGCUAAGAGACUGUUGCCAAGGGCGUGGGGGUAGGAGGUGGGCGUUUGAGUUAACCUUCCACUCAGGUUAAAAAAAGGAGUCUGAUGCAUCGUGUCAGACUGUGGAGGACCCUUGCUGAGAGUAAAAAAAAAAGAAAAGUUAAAGAAGCCCUCAUCUUUUAGUGUUUGGAUAGGGGCGGGUUUAAUGAUCGAUUAAUGUAUUUGUUUUGUUUUUUAAUAAAUCACGUAAUUCAAUUGUAGCAGCCAACACGGGUGUACAGUAAAAUAUUUGAGCGGAGCGUAGAAGUGGAUAUGGUAUUUUGCCAGGCAAAAUGUAUUUUCCUAUUUAUUGUGAAGUCCUCGUGCUUUUUUCUGUUCUGGUUAAGUCUGUAAGUACAGUAGAAAGGCAAUAAAAAACAACUACCCAUUAUGUUAGUUCAUAUUACACACAGUUUAUUUGAUACAAUCAUACAAAAACACUGAGUAUAGUUUAUGUAUCUGCUUGGAUUGAUUGCUGAUGAUGCUUUUUUAAUUGUUUUUAACAAAGUCCAAGAAGAAGUAAAAAAAAAAAAAAAAAAAAAAAAAGUCUGAUGUGCUAUCAGGGUGUAGAAGUCGUUGAAUAUUUGUGUUUCGAAUUUGUCAUUAAAAAUGUCACAAAUGUAGUUUUACUAUUACACUAUUGCUUUUGUGAAUCACUGUCAUAACACAGCUAUUGUAUAUAUAGAGGCAAAUUUCCUACAAAGUUCAGGGAUGUGUCCAUGCCUAACAUGAGGUAAAAGAUGAUUUUUGUUUAGUUUUUCUAAAUCGGGGAAGGUUGCUCUUCCUCGAAUAAAACAGCACAAGUUUUCUGUGGCUAAAGAUGUUUCAGUGAGACAGUGACUGAGUUACAGAGCAGGUGGUGGUAGUGUGUGAGGGGCAGGGGGGUUGUGCGUGAUUCUUUGAUGUCGUGUAAAGUGGCGUCUGAACAGAAAAUACACCGGGGGCACCCUUGUACCGGUUAUUUCUGGAAUGAAAAAUCGACCACCCGGGGAGAUGGAAUAUACAGAGCGAGGUGUCCUGUUCUCUCGGGGCAAACUGAAACUCUACCACCAAUGGACCUGAGAGGCGAAAGAGAAGUAGAGCAAGAUGUGAAGCUUUGUAGUGUUCCUGCUGAGAUCAAUAGCGAUGUUUUAAAGCAGGAACAUGCGGUAAACAUAUCUUCUCCACUAGGCUUGUGCUGAUUGGCGCAAAUCAAAAUCCAUUAUUGACAGUUGAAGAGACGAUGGCCUUUUUUUUGUCAAAGAACAAAAUCUAAACUUUGCUCUUUACUGUGCAUUUACAGGAGAUGUUUGUGGUGGAGUGGCAUGCCUGCGCCUGGUGAUGAUGAUCACUGUUAACAAUCAGCACAAGUGACUCUGCUCCUUAAGUCAAAGAACAAGCAAAACACGUUUCAUCUUCUGACAAGUGCAAUCUGAUAAAAACCCGGCAUUCUCCAUUCUCCAUAUGCCUGCUCACCAAAGCUUUGCUCUGUGCACCGAUGUCCACAGCAUCCGCUGCCAUUAUAGCCGCUGUGUGUCCACUGGGUCCGUGAGCCACACGAUUUUGAAAACUCUUUCCCCCGUUCUGCUACCUUUGGCUACCUUUUUGCCAGACCUACCUGUGUCGCUGAAGAGUGAAAUUCACUUGUGAAUGUAUAUAAAUGCCUGUUAUUAAUUUUUAAUUAUGCAUUUAAUUUGUUACUGACUUUGUCUAAAGUACAGCAAAACUAGUUUUUCGUGUUUGUAACUAUAGAGAGACCGAGAAACUGAGAGAAGAUACCUUUACCCAUCUGCACUUGGAGACCAUUGAAUUAUCUAUCAGUGUUCUCUGGUAAUGACAAAAUGACAAUAUAACAAUACUAUAAAAUAUAGACUGCCCAACCGUAUUUUCCACCCAUCACUCUCAGCACUACUGAAAGCAGCUCACUGUCACAGUAUGAUGCAGUAUUAGGGCCACUUAUUAAAGACUGAUAUUAAAAGUUGUCAAUUUGAGCUAAAAGUUAUAAUGAGUCAUAAGUUUAAAAAUAAAAUGAUCAUUUUGAAAACUAAGUAGUAGAAUAAAACUCUAUGUUACAAGAGAAAAUGAUAAAGAAUAAAGAAAAAAGUAUUAAUUUCAGAGGCAACUAUGAGAAUGAAUCAGAAUUUUGGAUUAAAGUUGUAAUUUCACAGGAAUAAAUAUCAAAAUAAGUAAUUUUUGAAGAAAAGUCAAAAUAUGAGAAUAAAGUAUUUUACAAAAAUCACAAUGAGAUGUAAUUUUACAAGAAAAAGUUAUUACAGGAAUAAAAUUGUAAUUUUGCGUAAAAAGUAACCUGAGUUAUCUUGUUACAAUAGUAAAAUUUUUCUUGAAAUAUUUUUAUUUCCUUAUCAUUGGACCUAAUAUUCCAUCAUUGUGCAGACGGCUUGCUGUCAGAGAAGAAAAGUUACUCACUUAAAGGGCCACUCCCUCGAUUUCAUAGUGCACAUCCAUAAAGUAAAAUGAGUCACGAGAGACAACAACUAACAGAGGACGGAUAUGCUGACCUUUUACUCUCAACUACAAGUUUAAUACCCCAUAAUGCAACUCAGUUGUAUCUUUCGUUAGACUGUUCCAGCCUAGUAAAUGCACAUCUUUCAAACUCUGCGCCACCAGUUUGUUACACACACUUCCUGUACUUUAUUUUACAAAAGGGUUCCUCCUGUACCACAGAAGACAUUAUACAACGUUUUUCACAGGCUGAGCAGUCCUCUAUGUGAUAAGUAAACGGAAGUUGAUGUGUGAAAUUGGUGCAGUGCUCCUUUAAAUAGUAAUUUAUCAUUUAAAAGUAAUUGCAUUAAAUUACAGAGCUGUACUGAUAUUUCUUUCCUUCAAAUUAGUAACAUCACCUUCACCCCUCAAUACUCUUGUCUUACACUAAUUACAUUCAAAUUGUGUUACAUAAUUUCAGAUUACUGUUUCACAGACCUAAAGAAUAUUCACAUAUGUCAGUACGAAAUCUAAAUAAAAAUGUCAUUAAAUCUGAGCUGAGAGUGCCGGGGAGAAAAGAACUGAAGGCAAUAACAUAAUAACAUAGGUUUUGGUCUACAAGUGUAUAAUGUGAGGGAAGGAAUUAUUAAUGUAAGGACAUAAAUCAAGUUUUUGAGGGUAGUUUCAGGGAGUAAUUCUUAAUUUGAGAGCACAAAUGACUACUUUAUUAAAUCUUUUCCUCCUCACACCUACCAGCCUCCAGCCACUUCAGUUCAGCCAACAUUAAGAGUCCACUGUCACUGUAAUAAUCGCCUCCAGCCAUGCCAUGAUGAGAAAAACCAAUCAGUUAGUUUGUGGAUACCGUGUAUCCAGCAGUUAGUCUGUUGUAACAUACAGUGUUAGAUACUUUCUCUUUUUUUCCACACCUCUUUUGAAGGGCGAUUUAACUGACACAUUAAUGUUCUUAGCAAGAAAAAAGCUUCACUGUUUGAUAUGAAAAAAUGCUUCGUUUCAUUUUAUAUGUCUUUUAUAUGAAACAAAAAAAUAAUAAUACAGGAUUAACGUUGCACCCUCUGUCUGUAAAUGUGUGCAAACAUGGCACACAGUGACCAUGCAGUGCAGUCGGGUUACAAUCAUGAAUCAAAGGGCCUGAAGAAAGAACAGAUGGAUCUCCAAGAGCUAGAAUAUCUGUUUUCCCUGACUUUUUUUUUCUCCCACAGCUGCUCUUGUUCAUUGUAUUGUUGCAUCAAAAGUGUCUUUAAAGGUGCAAGAUGUUCUUUCUUUCUGUUUGUGGUCUUUUGCUAAUCUUCACCUCCAGCUGUUUCCAAACCAAGCUACGUUUAAGAUCGGCGCGGCAAUGUUGCGGGAUUCAGGAGAUACAGUUGACUUUUAUUGGUGUGCAGAAGCUCAAUGUGCUUGUUUGUGGCAGCAGGAGAAAGUCUGUUUUCCACCUCGAGCUUUGAUGUUUCAUGUUUUAUUGAGCAAACUGCGCUACAAGGAGAGCAGAUAUUAUAUUCUAAGGACUUCUUCACCUGAUUUUGGUACCAUGUAGCCUGAAGCGAACGCCACUGUGUCCCUGCUUUGCAGCGUCUGUUCUCCAUUCUGUGUAUCUGAAAAAAGGAUGUGUGUUUUUGUCAGUGCAUCUAGCAUUGGGGAGGUUUUUGUUACUUUAGCCACAACUGUGCUUUUUUCCCUCAAAAACUAGACAUGGAUGUGCCACAGAACCGCACAUUUCUUUGAACAUUGUAGUAACUGUACCUUGUGCCUAUAUGAGCCCCAUCCUCUCCUGUACUCAUCUAAUCUAUUCUAAUGUCUGUUUCCUGCUCAAUCCUUCACUAGAAUUUUCUACAAAAAGGCCAUUUCUUUGUAAAUACACGUGUUGGAGCAGCUAUGACUAACAAAAAAAAAAAAAAAAAAAGAUUUAAUAAAUAUUUCUUUGUCGUUGUAA